ACGAAAACACACCCAUAGGCCACAUCAAACUUGAAAAAAAUAAAAAAUCAAAAUCACUACUUAUUUACUCUUGUGUGUUACUUUACCUCCCAAAUCCCAAGUGAAGGCAUGCUCCCGUCAAUUGACGAACCGUUCAGUUUGUAACAGGAAGCGCAAGUCGGAGCAGAUUUGAUAGCGGAGCGGUAAACACCAAACACUAACCGGCAAACAUGGCGACCGGCCAUAUGCUCUGCCGGUGGCUCUCCAUCCCCUCUCCGUUAACCGCCGCUCGCCGCCUUACAAUCACCACCAAAGCACUGACAGUUCCUCCUCCUCCUUCGACUUCCAUUCGCCAAACAGCUGCGAGAGCCGCUGCGACUGUCACUACUACUACUACCAGCAGCGGCGACGCCAAGAGACGAAGGAAAAAGGAGAAGGAGCGGAAGAAAGCGGCGGAGGCAGCGGCGGCGAAGAGCGAAAAGGAGAAGAGACGAACUCGUUCCGAUAAAGAGCACGACUCCUCACUCGAAUUCCACAGCAGUAACAAAGACCACGUCCCCGUCAUGCUCCGUGAAGUUGUCGACGUCUUCGCUUCUAUGCCUCUCCGUUCCUUCGUCGAUUGUACGCUAGGCGCCGCCGGCCAUUCCUCCGCCAUAAUCAAAGCGCACCCUCAAUUGGAGCAAUACAUAGGUAUGGACGUUGAUCCUGAAGCUCACGCCAAGGCUCGGGCUCACAUUGAUGCCCUCUUGCUUUCCGAUUCUCAUUCUCACCUGAAAACACACACGUUGCUUAAGAACUUCAGAAAUGUGAAGUCAGUGAUCGGUGAAGUUGAUGCCAACCUCUUGCAAUCCGGGGUUGAUGCGAUCUUGAUGGACCUUGGAAUGUCUUCGAUGCAGGUGAACAAUCCCGAAAGAGGGUUCAGUGUUAUGGCUGAUGGGCCGCUCGAUAUGCGGAUGGAUCCUCAGGCAAGUCUGAGAGCAGCAGACAUCUUAAAUUCCUGGCCAGAUGCAGAAGUAGGUCGAGUGCUGCGAGAUUAUGGCGAAGAAAGCAACUGGCGUCUCCUCCAGAAUAAGAUAGUUCUAGCCCGUCUAAAGGGUGGUAUACAUUCCACCACAGAGCUGAUUGAUCUCAUUCGUAGCAUGACUCAUGGGGCAAGGGGAGGGAGGCAAGGGUGGAUAAAGACGGCAACUCGGGUGUUUCAGGCGCUGAGAAUCGCUGUGAAUGAUGAACUCAGUAUACUGGAGAAAGCCCUCAAGGAUUGCUUUGCUUGCCUUGCACCUGGUGGAAGGUUUGCUGUCAUUUCUUUUCAUAGUUUAGAAGACAGAAUCGUCAAACAAACGUUUCUCAGCAUUAUCGGAACUGGUGAGGUCCCCAAAGAUGACUGUGCUGGCGAAGCAAAAGAAACAUGGGUCAAACAAAUAGUACGUGGCCCAAAUGGGUCGAUUCUCACAAAGAGGCCUGUAACACCUUCCGAAGAAGAAGAAAGACUUAACCGACGAUGCAGGAGUGCCAAGCUUCGGGUGAUUGAGAAAUCCCGAUGACAUUAUGCAUCUUUCUGAAGAAUGAUGGUACAUGCACGGCCAUGUGUCCCACUACGUGGCAUCCACCGUGGCUGGUGGCCUACGUUGUAGCUGAUGUUCUUUGCUUUGUACGUUUGUUAGAUGGUAGUUGCUGUUUAAUUUUGUGGUAUUUCAAGUUUCAAUGUCCUGGUGCUUGCGUCAAUCUUUGAAAGCUCAAAGCUUGAAAUUUUAUAUUAUUAAAAUAUUUGAGCUCAGCUUAAUCUUCUGGAUUGAACAGCUUUGACAAAUCUACCGCGUGACGUGGUGUUCUGUUACGGAUAUUGCUUUUUUUGGGAUCAUGCAUGUGGCAUGUCUGCUCGAAAACGGCUAUUUGGCUACUCUGGCUUUCUUUACAGGCCUUAGUUCGUGUUCAUAAAAAGAAGGCUCUUCAAUGCUCUCGGAAUUGGUGGAUGUCUUCCGGGACACGUUCUUAUGGCGCUUCACCUUUUUCCCUGCCUUCUUCAGUGAAGGCGGAUCCAACCAGCUUUUGCGGAAUGAUGGCGAGUGCACAAGCUGGGUUUUCAAGGAGCAUUGCAACUUUCACUCUGCCACGCCACUCCACAUCUGGAGGAAGAACGGAGACCACAAUGGUACGUAAACGAACUGCACUUGAGUCGAGGAUAAAGAAAGCACAUUUGACUGCCGUAAGGAAGCACGGACUGAAGCUUCCACCUUCUGAACAUGGUUAUCAUUUUAGCGAGUUUUUAAGUCAUCCCGAAGGGGUCGAGUCGGCUUUGAACGUCAAGGUUGCCAAGAGCUUUCACGUGCUUGACGAUUGCACGUACAGAUUGGUUCUCCCUCAAAUUCGACUUCUCAGCUUUGAUGCAUUCCCUGUUAUGGAUUUGCGGACAACCACGACUGCUGAAAACUUCACCGUGGAGAUGCUUUCUUUCAAGUUCCGAGGUGCAGAGGCCCUGGAAAGCGAAAAUGACCAUCUUAUAGGUUUAUUGUUGAGCCGUAUCAUGUGGCAUACCAGGGGUUCGGAGUCAUAUCUUGAGCUUAAGAUGGAAUUGGAUAUGAUAAUGGAGCUCGUGAAACUUCCCUUCUCUUUGCUGCCUCCUGCUGCCGUUGAAAUUCCUGGGAAUAUGAUAGUGCAAGCUGUGGUGGAUAAUCUAACGAAAGAGCUCCUGGAGAAUGUGGUUCAAGACUAUGGCCAGUGGUCCAAGCAACAAAAGCUCCAAGAAAGAGCGUGAAAAAAACAUGAACAGCCUUGGAGCUAAAAAAAAAAGGUCAUGGCAUAGAUUUGAGUCUUGAUUGAUUCAACAGGAAUGGGGAUUUCCCUGCAAACGUUGCAUUAGUGAAUCAAUUAUGUUAAGUGUUUGUGGGGUUGUAUCACUAUUAUUAUGCAUCAAAGUUUAUUGGACAGAGAAUUCCGUUUUCCUGCUUAAUUUUAGUGAUAAUCCAAGCCACUUCUCCUGUUUCUUGGUAAACCUCAAACCCAUACCAAGCUCCUUCUGGUUCUAUAA